AUGAGGCUAAUGAAAUUCGAUUACACCAUUGAGCACAUUCCAGGAAAAGAAAUGUUUACAGCAGAUACUUUGAGCCGAGCACCUCUUCCUGAUUCGGAGGAUGAUUUCACUGCAAAAGUCGAAGCUCAUAUCAAGGUGGUUUCUUCGGGAUUCCCAACAACUCCAUCCAGACUCGAGGAAAUUAAAAACGCCCAAAGUCAGAAUCGUGAAUGUCAACUGUUAGUCGAGUAUGUUGAGAACGGUUGGCCAGAUCACAAAAAGAAUGUACAGGAGUUGAUGAAGCGAUGGUUCGCAUUCCGUAAUGGUAUCACAAUUAUUGAUGGUCUAGUCUGCUACAAUGAAAGAAUGAUUAUACCAGCAGAGCUACGUGAAGAAAUAAAGGAAAAACUGCAUGACGGUCAUUUCGGGAUAAACCGUACACUCCUGAGGGCUAAACAAUCUGUUUUUUGGCCAGGUAUCACUGAAGAAUUAAGUAAUGUGGUAGAAAAUUGUAACAUUUGCGCCAAGCAUAGACGCCAAUAUACCGAGAAGAUGAUCCCUUCCCCUACUCCUUUGUACCCAUGGCAAAAAAUAGCUGUAGAUUAUUUCGAAUUCCAAAAAUGUACUUAUCUGGCUGUGGUGGACUACUAUUCGAGGUAUUUGGAUAUUAUCAAUGUCUGUGACAGAACUAAUAAAAAAAAUGAAGAGUUGUUUUGCCCGCUUUGGGAUUCCAGAAGUCGUAGUCUCCGACUCUGGAUCGCAAUUUACAAGCGAAGAAUGGAAAACAUUUGCAAAAAAUUAUGA